GCUGUAAUCAGAUUAGCAGGCACUGAGCAGCUUUAGUUAGCCCCUGUCUCCCUGCAACCUGUCUAGUUAGCCAGUUAGCUAUUAGCGUUAGUGCUGGAGGAGACUAGAGGGGAGCUCUCAAGAGACUCAGCCUAGUGUCGUAGCCACAGCCUCGACGCUCCACUCAAACACUACACUGCUGACGCUACUACGUACUACUACUCCUGCUCAGCUCACUCCCUCUCCUGUCUUUCUGUCCCUGUCUCUCUCUCUCUCUCUCGUGCUGCUCAUCCCGGGGCAGUUACUGACUGCCUUUGUUUCUCUGCAUCACCUUGCAGUCAGUUGCCUGCCUGUGGGUUGGACCUCAGCAAUUCUCACUUUUUUUCUCUCCAGCUCUCUUUUUAUUUCAAUCUGUCCGCUGUACCUACCUGGUCUUGCAAAAAUGUAUCGGAGCGCAAACCCAUGGAUCUCAAACUACCUGAGCCAUGUCAAGUUCUGCGGCCAAGAACUUGGGAGUGAGACCCCCAUCAAACUUGGGAAGGCAAGACUUUUACAGAAGAGGGCUCUUAGCUUCCAGAAAGGGUUCUUGUUCGAAGAGAAAAACACCCUUGCCAAGAACACCAAGGAUAUAGAUGUAAAUCUCUUGGCAAGCCUCCCUAAAGUUUCAGAAUUGAGGAAGCGUUUUGAAGGCAUCAGCCCAAGCACUAGCUGUGACUGGGAAAUGAACAGGAAGGAGAGGUUUGCCCGGCGGUUGGAGGGCAUAGAGAGCGAAGUGCAUCCCGCCAUAUUACCCAGCUGCCCAGGCCUGGUGACCAAUCAGCUGGUAGAGGAAGACACGCCCCGUUACACACGCGCCUCGGACACCUGUGACCCCUGUGUUGUCACAGUACAACGUUACAGUAAGGAGGACAUGGAGAGUCCAGAGAUGAUGACCCAUCAGCUGGUCACUGCUCCAGAGAGGCAGUCCAGAGCCCGGUGCAGACCUGAGGAACAGACCCAGACCGUCCUCACCGAACCCACAGACCCCGCUGGUUCCGACCUGGACUCCAAGGUGGAGCGGAUCGCUCGCUACAAGGCAGAAAGGCGUCGCCAGUUGGCCGAGCGCUAUGGUAUCUCGCUGGACCAAGAGCCAGACACCACUGUCACCGACCACUUCUCUUCCCGAUACGGUGCCUCCUGUGGACUCAAGGAGUUGGCUUCUUCCUCUGAGAGGCAACAGGGCUACACACACCCAGAAACACGCUGCAGGGCAGAGUCUGUGGGGGACGAACACUCCUACACAUCCAGUAGAUCCAGGGUGGGUAGAGUGGCCCCCCCACCACAGGGCUACGGCAAGCCUGGCCAGGGGCGACCCAGGGUUGACUCGUUCACAGAGAGGGAGAGGGUGGAGAACCUGGAGAACCAGCGUAGGGCGGCUCAGCAGGAGAGGAACAUCAAAGCCCCCGAGCCGCAGCCGCCAUCUUCCUCCACCUACAUGGAUGUGACGUCGUCGACCUCUGCCAAAGUGCCCGUUGCUAAGCACAACACCAUCAUGGGGUUGCCCCCCAGCUCACCCAAGAGUGGCCGGAAGUCCUUGCUGCCCUCCCCCAAACAGGUGUCCCCUGGGGACCUGUUCAUAGAGCAACAGGCCCACAACAUCCUCAGCAGACAGGGAAUCAGAGUUAGGGACAGACUGGCCAGGGAGGAGGGAGUUCGAAAGAGGAGUCCAGAGCUGGGCCACCAUGUCCCCGAGGCCCCCCUGUACAGGAGACACCCCCAGAUCACCACCCGCUCCACAGCCUACCACCAUGACCCCCAGGCUCCGGCAUAUACCACCACUGACUCUCCAGGCCCCAAGUCCUACUCUCACCACCAGCCUCAGCUCACCCGUUCUGGGCAGAGUGAUGACCCCAGCUAUCUGUCCAUGACUACUGGCCCCGGUUCCGGGGCACAGCAGCCCCAACAGCCUCUGCCAGAGGAGGAAAAGGAGAUGGAGGGAGAAGUGGAAGAAGAGGAGAAGAGGGGAGCCCCUAGGGAGGGCAGGAAAGCUGUGCUGCCAUCAGAGAUCAGAGGAGUCCAAGGAGUGGGACAGGGGAGGGAGGCUGAGCCCAGAGGAUGGUACAUGGAAAGAGGGGGAGAGAGACCCAGGAUGAGAUGGGAGGAAUCGGCCACAGACCCCGAACCAAUCAGAGCUACGGAACAACCCAUGACCCGCCUGCAGGCCGCCGAGGUCAGAGCAGAGCUCAGAGCCUCCAGGGAGAAGGGCCAACAACCGUGGAGUGACAACGCCAUCUACAUCCAGAGAGGCGUUGCCCCCGCCUCUACCCACUUCCAGAACAGGGGAGGAGGCCCAACCGCCACCACCAUAACCACUGAUGCCUUCAUCUCCUCCAUCCGCUCCUCAUCCGACACUGAGCCCCAUGGGGCCCCUAGAGGCUCCAUCCCCAGGGCCCAGGAGCCAUGGUCGGUCAAAGAGGCAGCAGGCCUGCGGAGGGGGGCCAUUGACGGUGGGAUCAGAAAUAGAGACCAGAGACCACUAGAGACCAGGGACGCUCGUAUCUCUGUGGCCAAGCUUCGUCACUCCUACCUGGAAAGUGCUACGACUGCUACUGCCCCAGUCGUCAGGAAACCUGAGCUAGAGGAGGAAAUAAAGUGGGUGUACCCAGGGAGGGCGGAGGUCCCCUGGAGAGGGGUGCAGGACAAUACAGUGGUCCCAUGGAGGGGGGACAGGGGGCGCAGACUCUCUAUCUCGCCUGGAGAGAGUAGAAGGACCUCAGAGAGGUUUAGGACCCAGCCCAUCACCACCGCUGAGAGACACCGGUCUGAUAGGUCUUGUUUGAGCCCAGAUCUACCUAGCACUGAAGCCGAUGAAGAGAAAUUGGAUGAGCGGGCCAAGCUGAGUGUUGCAGCCAAGCGUUCUCUCUUCAGGGAGUUGGAGAGGAACACGGAUGGGGGCUCCCCAAAACCCCCAUCACGGAACGUGGCCAUGGAGAGGCGACUGAGACGCACCCAGGACCGCUCCCAUACCCAGCCAGUCACUACUGAGGAGGUGGUCAUUGCUGCCACCCUGCAUGCGUCCUCACAGGAGAGUGCUGCAGCCAGGGAGCAGGCCAGACAGACCCAUAAUGCACCAGAGGUCCAGAGAGCGGCCCAGCGGACGUCCUCCAAGCUCCUCCAGACUUCUUCUCCUGAGGAGAACCAGGCCCAGAAUCAUCAGGGCCAGGGGGACGCAGAGCCGGAUCUGUCCACCUUAAGCUUGGCAGAGAAGAUGGCUCUGUUCAACAGGCUGGCCCAGCCAGCCACCAGGGUGAUCCGCACCAGGCCGGACAGCAGGGGGCGCAGGGCGAACGCCCGUUACCAGACCCAGCCCAUCACCCUGGGAGACCUGGAGCAGAUCCAUAACGGGGCCAAGUUGGGCCAGCUAUUCUCAUCUGCCCUCAGACCUGGGGCCACGGUCGCCACAGACCACGCAGGGGACAUCCACUUAGCCACUGGGGGCGGGGGUAGCCCAGCAGAGGCACCCAACCCUGGGUACUACGAAAGGUCCAUCCCCCACCACCCUAGCCCUCCCACCCAGAUCACAGAACCCUCCAAUGCCGUCUGGAGGUCUGUGCCUGGCCCCCACCACCAAGCCUCUCUGGAUCUCCAAGCGCACCAGACUGACUCAACCACCAUCCUCCCCCAGGGAGAGGAGGCCGAUCUGUGGGGAGGGAAGAGAAAUUUGCCCUCUCCGGAGGGAGGUGUCAGAAAGGUCCCCAUGCCUCAGGCCUGGUCUGGUGAGAGGGAGUGGGAGGAGGAGCAGCGUUUGGCCAGGAUGGGUGGUGGUGAGGGUGUGGAGCCCCAGCGUGUGUUGAAGGGGACAGAGAGUGGUGGUGGUGGUCUCCACCAGGACCACAGGCAGCACCAGGAGCAGAGGGGCUAUCUGAGACAGUCAUCAUUAGACCUCCAGGACCCAGACGGACACAGAUCAAAGGUCAUCAGCACUGAGCUGCCAGACUCUAGUGUGUCAUCAUCGAGAGCAGCAGAGCAGCUAAGGAGUGCAUCUCUCUCUCCACACACACUGCUGCCUCAGGCUCGGGAGCUGGGCGGGGCGGACACACACACGGACGGCAGCAGUGGUCUGGGACACACACACAGCCUGGUCCAGUCUGAGCAAGAGGACAUAGAGCUCUCAGAAGCCAUGUCGGCUAGACAGAUGUCCAUCAAAGACAGGCUGGCCCUGUUGAAGAAGAGUGGCGAGGAGGACUGGAGGAACAGGAUUAAUCGGAAGCAGGAUGUGGUGAAGGUGGCAGUGUCAGAACGUCACGCUCAGCUAUGGGAGGUGGAGCAGAGCUUCAAGAAGAAGCAGAGGAUGGGAGGGGGAGAGGAGACUACGGAAACCCAGAACCAGCCUAUCGAGAUGUCUAUCCAUGAGAGGAAGCAGCUGAUCGUGGCCCAAGAAGAGGCCUGGAAGUCCAAGGGCCACGGGGCCGCUAACGACUCCACACAGUUCACUGUGGCCGCACGCAUGGUCAAGAAAGGUCUGGCUUCUCCUUCUGCUCUCUUGAACCCUGUGACGUCUCUCCCUUCCAAACCCAAGAACACCACUCCUGCCAUCUCCAAGCCUCUGGAAGAGAUCGAGGCCAAACCGGACAUGAACCUGGAGUCGGACAGGAAACUCGAUAAGCUGGACUCUUUCCUGAGCAAGUUGAACAGUAAAGUGGGCGGCCUGCAGGAAUCCACCAUCACAGUGACAAAGAAGACGGUCAAAGAUGUCAUGAAUCUGGAUGAUGAGAUGUUCGAUAAGUUUUACCGCCACAUGGCCGAGAUGCCCCUCAACAUGAACAGCAAGGUGGACAUCAAUGAUGACUUUGACGACAUCUUCGGUGGUACCCAGAUGCCCAAGCUGACCUCAGCCAUGGUGGAGCACAAGCGGUCGGUGCGUCCAGUGCGCAACGUCCAGUCGUCCAGGAACCCUCUGAAGAUGCUGGCGGCCAGAGAGGACAUCCGACACGAGUACACAGAGCAGAGACUCAACAUUGGCCUGCUGGAGAGCAAGAGGAUGAAGCAAGAGAAGAUGAAUAAAAAUAGUGGAUUCUCUGAGGUGGCUCUGGCGGGUCUGGCCAGUAAGGAGAACUUCAGCAGUGUCAACCUGCGUCGUGUCAACAUCUCCGACCAGAUGUCCAACAACAGCGCUGUGCCCUACAAGAAACUCAUGCUCUUGCAAGUCAAAGGCCGACGGCACAUCCAGACCAGACUAGUGGAGCCCAGAGCGUCCUCUCUAAACAGCGGGGAUUGCUUUCUGCUCAUCACACCCCAUCACUGCUUUGUCUGGACAGGAGAGUUUGCCAACGUCAUCGAGAAGGCCAAGGCUGCUGAGCUGGCCCAGUUCAUCCAGACCAAGAGAGACCUGGGUUGCCGUGCCAAUUAUGUAGAGCUGAUCGAGGAGGGUAUCAACACACACAGCUACGCUGCCAAGGAGUUCUGGAAGAUUCUGGGCGGACAGAUCAGCUACCAGUCCGCAGGGACACCAGACGAGGAUGAGCUGUAUGAGAGCGCCAUCGUAGAAACCAAUUGCAUCUACCGCCUAGUGGACGACAAACUGGUCCCCGAUGACGACUUCUGGGGGAAGGUUCCCCGAUGCACGCUGCUCAGCCCCAAACAGGUGUUGGUGUUUGACUUUGGCAGUGAGGUGUACGUGUGGCAUGGUAAGGAGGUGACUCUGGCCCAGAGAAAAGUUGCCUUCCAGCUGGCUAAACACCUGUGGAACGGAACCUUCGACUACACAAACUGUGACAUUAACCCCCUGGACCCUGGAGAGUGCAACUCACUCAUACCCAGGAAAGGCCAGGGCCGUCCAGACUGGGCUAUGUUUGGAAGGUUGACGCAACACAAUGAGACCACCCUGUUCAAGGAGAAGUUCUUGGACUGGACAGACUCCAAGAAGAAAGGUACCAUCAAGAACGGCCAUGAGCACCUCAACGAAAACAACAAGGAGCAGCAGAGCCCGGAACAGAACAUGAUGCGGGCCUAUGAUGCCUCCCUGAUGCUGCCACUGCUCCAGACCCCGGUUCGUACGGUGUUGGAUGGGGUGGACCUGGGCCGGGGCUAUGGCCCGGUGGCGGGGGAUGACCGCAGGCACUUUGAGAUCAGCACCACCGCUGUGGACAUCUGGCACAUACUAGAGUUUGACUACAGCCGGCUGCCCAAGCAGAGCAUCGGACAGUUCCAUGAGGGAGACACCUAUGUGGUGAAAUGGAAGUACAUGGUGAGCACAGCAGUUGGGAAGAGGCAGAAUCCGGAUGCGGUGAGGAGCGCAGGAGCUGGGAAGGAGAAGUGUUCCUAUUUCUUCUGGCAGGGCCGGAAUUCUACCGUCAGUGAAAAGGGGACGUCAGCGCUAAUGACUGUUGAACUGGACGAGGAGAGAGGAGCACAGGUCCAGGUGCAGCAGGGGAAGGAGCCUCCAUGUUUCCUUCAGUGUUUUAAUGGAGGGAUGGUGAUCCAUGCAGGGAAGAGAGAAGAGGAGGAGGAGAACUCACAGAAUGACUGGCGGUUGUAUUGUGUGCGGGGGGAGGUCCCAGUGGAGGGCCACCUGCUGGAGGUAGCAUGCCACUGCAGCAGUCUGCGCUCCCGGACCUCUAUGGUGCUUCUCAGCGUCUCUAAAGCAACCAUGUACGUGUGGCACGGCUGCAAGGCCCAGCUCCACACCCGCGACGUGGGGUGCACUGCCGCCGACAAGAUCAAAGAACAGUGUCCGUUGGAGGCAGGGCUCCACAGCAGCAGUAAUGUGACCAUCCAUGAGUGUGACGAGGGGGCGGAGCCUACGGGAUUCUGGGAAGCUCUGGGAAGGAGAGAUAGGAAGGCCUACGACUGCAUGCUCCAAGAUCCAGGGAAGUUCAACUUCACCCCUCGUCUCUACCAGCUGAGCAGUACGUCUGGAGAGUUUGUUGCAAUGGAGUUCUUCUACCCAGCCAGAAUAACAGAGGAGGUCAACUCACUGCCCUUCCUACAGGAGGACCUCUACACUGCCUCUCAACCAGCCCUCUUCCUGGUCGACAACCUCCACGAGGUCUACCUGUGGCAAGGCUGGUGGCCCCAGGACAGCGAGAGCCCUGGCUCUGCCCGUAUCCGCUGGGACGCAGACAGGAAGUGUGCCAUGGAGACGGUGCUGCAGUACUGCACAGAGAAGAAUGAGAAGAAGCCACCCAAGGCGUAUCUGAUCCAUGCAGGACUUGAACCUCUAACCUUCACCAACAUGUUUCCAUGCUGGGAACACAGAGAGGACAUAGCUGAGAUCACUGAGAGGGAGGCAGAAGUUUGUAACCAGAUAAUUCUGGUAGAGGAUGUGUUGGCACGGCUGUGUAAGACCACCUACCCCCUGGCAGACCUGCUGGCACGGCCCCUACCCGAGGGAGUCGACCCCCUACGCCUGGAGAUCUAUCUAGACAAUGAUGACUUUGAGGGUGAAGGGGCUUAUGGGAAGAAAGCUCUGGAGAUAUCGAGGGAUGAGUAUGAGGUGUUGCCAGGUUGGAAGCAGGUGAACGUGAAGAAAGCCAAAGGAUUGUUUUAGUACGUUGGACAGAAGGCUAGCCCACCGGAUGACAUCAUCAGCAAGCGACGGUCAGUGCAUCGUGGUUCAGUUGUAACAGGAGCCCACCACUGAGAACUCUUUAAUUUAACAUUUCACCACUUCAUCUCCGGACUGGAGAGGGCUUGGGAACACACACUUCUGAGAACCCUACCCUGGUUGGAGGGAGGGAAGAGGAAGAGAGACGCAGUGGUGGAAGGAGUGAGGAUCAACAGAGUUGUGCCAGCCUCGUGUAUAGUUUUCUUCUUUUCUUCUUUUAUUUGUAUGUGUUACCAGUUUUGUUUUGUAAUUCUAAAUGUAGGUAGUUCAGAGGUGUGCGAGUGAAUGUUGAGUGGAUGUUUGUAAUGUGUCGGCACCCGGCUAUUUAAAUCCACACUGUGUGUGUGUGUGUGUGUGCUCGUGUGUGUGCUCGUGUGUGUGCUCGUGUGUGUCGUGUGUGUGCUCGUGUGUGUGCUCGUGUGUGUGCUCGUGUGUGUGCUCGUGUGUGUGCUCGUGUGUGUGCUCGUGUGUGUGCUCGUGUGUGUGCUCGUGUGUGUGUGUGUGUGUGUGUGUGUGUGUGUGUGCUCGUGUGUGUGUGUGCUCGUGUGUGUGUGUGUGUGCUCGUGUGUGUGUGUGUGCUCGUGUGUGUGUGUGUGUGUGUGCUCGUGUGUGUGCUCGUGUGUGUGCUCGUGUGUGUGCUCGUGUGUGUGCUCGUGUGUGUGCUCGUGUGUGUGUGUGUGCUCGUGUGUGUGUGUGUGCUGUCGUGUGUGUGUGUGUGUGUGCUCGUGUGUGUGCUCGUGUGUGUGUGUGUGUGUGUGUGUGUGCUCGUGUGUGUGUGCUCGUGUGUGUGUGUGUGUGUGCUCGUGUGUGUGUGCUCGUGUGUGUGUGUGCUCGUGUGUGUGUGCUCGUGUGUGCUCGUGUGUGUGUGUGUGUGUGUGUGUGUGUGUGUGUGUGUGUGUGUGCUCGUGUGUGUGCUCGUGUGUGUGUGUGCUCGUGUGUGUGUGUGCUCGUGUGUGUGUGUGCUCGUGUGUGUGUGUGCUCGUGUGUGUGUGCUCGUGUGUGUGCUUGCGUGCUCGUGUGUCUGUUUGUGUGUGUGCUUGUGUGCUCGUAUAUCUGUAUGUGUGUGGGUGUGACCAUGCUUUUACAGUAUCGCCCACACAGCAGUUUAUCUGCGAGCAGGAGAACCACUCUGUUUGACACACCCCAAACAGACUCUCUGCAAGCUGUUCUUUGUGCAUUAGAAUAAAUCAUUUAUAUUUAUAUUUACUCCAUAUUAGGAAUAAAAAGCCUUUUGAGUAUUAUCUGUGAGAUAAGAAAUUAAAUACAUUGUAUUGUUAUUCAUGUUGAGGUUGUCAUAGGUUGAUAAGUAGUUGGACAAUAAUGCUCCUUUCCCAAGAGACUGUACAUGUCACCAUUUUAUUGAACAAAUCAUGUAUCUACUACAUUCUGAAGUGUCUGUUGUCAUUGCUAGGCUGUCCUGCAUCAUUCAGGUGCUCAGAUUGAAGAGAAUUGUUGUAUUUUACAGGCAUGAAUUUACAGAAUCUUAUAAAUUCAACAUUGUAUAGUGCCUUGCUUUUAUGUACAGUUUAUAUAUAGAACAAUAUUAGUCUGUGUUUUAAAGACUCUCUUUGUGAUAUAAAGGAUAUUAGAGAAAUAAACAUUGAAAUUAAA